AUGCCGUUCGGUCAAAUCGUUAUAGGCCCGCCAGGAUCAGGUAAAUCAACUUAUUCUCACGGUUGCAUACAGUUUUUCAACGCUAUCGGACGUCAUGCUCAGGUGGUGAACAUGGACCCUGCAAACGACAGUUUGCCUUAUCCAUGCGCUGUAGACAUCCGGGAUUUCAUCACUCUGGAGGAAAUCAUGGCAGAACAACAAUUGGGACCCAAUGGGGGUCUCAUGUACGCUUUAGAGUCUGUUGACAAAUCCGUGGAUUUGUUCCUACUGCAGAUAAAGUCGUUAGUGCAGGACGAAAGUGCAUAUGUAGUGUUCGACUGUCCCGGCCAGGUCGAGCUCUUCACCCAUCAUUCAGCCUUGUUUCGGAUCUUCAAACGUCUUGAGCGUGAGCUGGAUCUUCGGCUCUGUGUGGUCAACUUGAUCGACUCCGUUCACCUCACUUCUCCCUCUCAAUAUGUUUCCAUUCUACUUUUGGCCCUUCGAUCCAUGCUCAUGCUGGAUCUUCCGCACAUAAAUGUGCUAUCAAAGAUCGAUAUGGUUAAGUCCUAUGGCCCGUUACCGAUGCGUCUUGACUACUACACGGAAGCACAAGAACUGGAUUAUUUGACACCGUUUGUGGAACAAGAAAGCUCCAGCGUUUUAAGCAAAAAAUAUGCCCGGCUUACCCAAACCAUUGGAGAGCUUGUCUCGGAUUUUAACCUGGUUUCUUUCGAAGUCUUAUGUGUUGAUGACAAGAGAAGCAUGAUUGCACUUCAAAGUGUCAUUGACAAGGCAAAUGGCUACAUUUUCGGUGCAUCAGAAGUCGGUGGAGACACUGUAUGGGCUGAAGCCUCUAGACAGGGUACCGCAUUGGUCGCAGACGACGUUCAAGAACGGUGGAUCGAUAACAAAGAGGCUUACGACAAGCAAGAACAACUACAGCGCGAGAAGCAGCUUGAGGAGCAGAAACACAAUGACCAAGAGAUCGAUGUCGAUAAAGAAGACGAGUGGGAGAAUGCAUUGAAGGAUUGGGAGAACGAGCAUGGUGCCAACUAUACGAAAUAA